GUACGAAUAAAAUAAAAAAAUGGCCGACAAGCAGGCAAACCGCGUUGAGUUUUCUGAAAUCAAAAAUAAGCUUAGAAGAAGUUCUCUCUACCAAAAAGAUAAACUCAGAAAGGCAAAAGAAAAGAAAGAAAGAAAAAGAAAGCGAAAAAGAGAGGAAUCACAAGACCCAAAUGGGGUAAGUUGCGGUUACCGUUGUAAACACACGUGUGAGAUCAAAGUACUGAUUUUAGGAAAGGUAUAAGGUUGCGUACACAUCGUUAAUGUCGCUUACUUAUCGCACUUACUGCACAAUUUAAGCCUCUAUUUAACUGCUAAUCUUGUGGUCUCUUGUCAGGCCCCUCCCAAGCAAGUCCCUAGAACUAUUGAUAACACACGUGUGGCUGAUGACACCAUUGUGGAAGCAGAAGACCAUGAGGUCAGGUGAACUCUUUCAUUUUCAGUGUGAUCAUGCCUUAACGUAAUAAUAUCCCAACACUGUGACUACUUCCGAAGUAACUGCAGAAUACCUGGCCACUCAAAAGCUGGACCCAAAAAGUGUUUCUACGUGGCUACAGCUUUACACCAGUUUUUAGGGGCUUUAGGUACUGUGUGCCUAAAGAACAAGGCAUUUACUUUGUGGCUAUGAGGCUACGCAGCUAGCAGCUUUAGUAAAAUCCAACUAGUGGUCUAUUAUCAAUGCUGCAUUCUGAUUGGUUGAGCUACUACUAGGCUAUAAUUUACGUUAUAGCCCACUAUAUAUAGCUAGUAGCGAAAAGCGCGGGCUUUUUGGCGGCAAAAAAGGAUUAAAGUCUAGCGUUAACUAGCUAAAAUGUUUUUAUUCUCGAUAUUUUUGACCAACUAAUUGGAUUUUACUAAAACAAUUAUUCCUCUCGCCCUCAUGGCCUCUGAGUCACUAGCCCAUGAGGCCGAAGGCCGAAUGGGCUAUUGACUCAGGGCCCAUUCAGGCUCAAGGAAUGAUUAUUGUUAAAUAGGGUUACAGCUGUCUUUCUGGCUACAACUGUAUAAGGGAUAUGUGGCUGCAGGGUGCACAGAUAAGUGGCUAGGCAGCUACAUAGCCACCUAGCCACUGUUUUAGAGGUAUAGCUUUUGAUUGGCCAGGUAAUCUGCAGUUAUUUUCAACGUUAACAUCAUCAUCAUCAUCAUCAUCAAGAGCAACAGCAGCAUUUCAUUUACCAUCAUCUGGUCAUCAUCAUCAUCACCUUGGCCACAAUUUCUCUUGCAGUCAGUGACUAAAUUGCAGAGAAAUCAGAGAGGUGAGAUCUUGUGUCAGCUUUUAAAGGUGCACUUUGCAGUUUCCUUAGUCCAUGUUUAAUCUCGCCACAAACCAAUUGCAGCACAAAUCUGAUACACCAUGACACCAAGGUCUACGUCCCCUACUUGUUUUGAAAAAUGUGAUGGGUUUUUUAUGUCCCCUUGCGAUACAAUUCAGUGGCUUAAUAAUGCUGGGGUCAAUGACACAGUCAGCUCAACUGAGAAUGGUUUUCAAUUACAGCUAUCAUAAUCUCACCAAGUUUUUAAAAAACCUUGGUUUCUGGUCCAAGUGGGCCUUAAACUGUCUACUUUUUGUACUUUGUGUCUCUGUCUCUAAUGUCUAGUUUAUGUACAUGUAUAAAUUUCAAAUUUCACGGAGUAGUCUAUCAGAUUGGUCAUAAUCCAUUGAACUGCACUAAACAACAAAUACUUAUUCACUCUAAAGUGUUUUUGUUUUGAUUAAAGAGAUAUCAUUCAAUUUUUUUUGCCAAAGGAAUGUCUAAUAUUAUUAUUUAAUCAACAAACUGCAUGCCGAUACAUUGUAUUUGUUAGAAUGGUUUCCUUAUAUUGUUGUUCCUGUCAGGUGAGAAAUGAUGAAGAAUCAGAUCAGUUGGCAACCUAUUUUAGAUGUGAGAUGGUUCCUAAAGUUCUUAUCACCUCAAGUGAUAGAUCUAAAUUGGUAAGGUAAAUAAAAUAUUAUUAAGCUUAUUUUAUAAGUCAGUAGUUCAUUGCAAUAAUUUUACAUCUUACUUAUUAACAAGCUUUUCAGCUUAUCUUAUGUGGUACAGUGGAUAAACAAGCAAGGUUUGGGAGUAAAUAAUGUUUCUCCAUAUUAUCCCAGAUAGGGCAAUUUUUUCCCAUUGCAUAAUAUGUUCUUCUUAUUUUUCCUUUUUUUGACUAAACAAGCUUUGUCACGUAUUGUCAUCUUUUUUUCUUAUGAUUUCUAUGUUUGGUUGAGCAGUAUUCUGUAAGCAGGAUUUAAAAUGUUUGACACUUUUACAUAGUUUCUAAGGUUUAAAAGGUUAUAUUAAAUACAUUUAUUAUAUAGACACGAGUGUUUUACUGGAAAAUAUACCACUCUUAAAAUUCAUAAAAACUACAUCUGGGACCCGAGUGGUUUAUUUUCCAUAAUCUCACACUUGAGUUUAUCGAUAACAUACCGGUAAUUUCGGUAAUUUCCCUCUAUUAUUUUAUCGAUGUCUUUUUGUCUAUAUAAUAAAAAGAACAUUACACGGCAGCUUGAAGAUAUGAAUUUUAUUUUCUUGUGGCAAAAACAAAAUUGUUUUGCCACUCGAAAAUAAAAAUUCAUUUCUUCGCGCCACCAUGUAAUAUCCUCUAUGUAAUCCUUAUUGUUACAUUUAUUAACUAACGUUCUUGAUUAUUAAUCUCCCCGUUUAGAAAACAGUUCAGUUUAUGGAGGAACUUCAGAGAGUUAUUCCAAACUCUGAAAUCCGUGUGCGCAAAGGAUUGGAUUUGAAGAAAAUCAUUCCCCAGGCAAAGGAAAAAGGAUUUACGGCUCUUAUAGUUGUCAAUGAAGAUCGGAAAGUACCAAGUAUCCUUUUAAUUUUUUUGAGGGAUUUCAAUAAUAAGCAAAUAAGCAACCAUUUAACAAUCUUAUCCUGUUUGUUAAACUCAUCACAAAUUGAUGAGCUUGGGAGCUGGUGCCUUAAAGGUUAGCGGGGUGCCAGAUACCAUAAGCCACAAGGAGAUUUCCAUGGCAACCCUGGAACGUUGGAACCAGCCAAACAAGCUCCCUCUAACUAGCAACGUCUCAACUUACCUGAAAGAAUACUUAUCCUAGUAACCAAACACAAUUUAUUGGGAGGGAGGAGAGGGUGUGAGAAUCCCUAAUGAUUCGCAAGCGAUAGCUUUGCUUUUGAUCUGCAAAGAUCAGCUGAUAACACAGCACAUGUAAAGCAAUGAUCCUUGAAACCCUGCAAAACCCCUGGAGGCCACCCCAAAAGUCACGCACUGCCAAUGGGGAAGACUGCUAGCUGCAUUAGCUCGAGUUUACCUGUAACUUUGCCUAAUGAUAUUUAGCCAAAUUUGAUAUCUCUGGAGAAUUUAUUAUUAUAAGGUUUUCAAAAGAAAGAAACAACAACAUUGUCUGGAAGUCUUCAGACAUCCUCUUAGAAUAACAGCAAUAUGAGAAAUACUAUUUUAAUGAUAAAUUGUUUUACAUGUAUAAUAGUUUGAUGCCAAGAAUGCUGGUUUUUGCAUUUCUGAACUUCUUGAUUCCAUUUUUUGGGGUAGUGGCCAUACCUCCAAGCCCCCAAGGUGAAAAGAUUUCUUUAAUGGUGACUUUAUAAAAUUAAAACUAAAAUAUGGCCAAAACCCUGCCAUGACACACAAAAACACAGCCCUUAACCAAUUGUCUUUAGAUGGAGUUGUUAUCAGUCACUUGCCAGAUGGUCCCACAGCACACUUCAAAUUAAGCAGCAUCAAACUUGGCAAAGAAAUUAGGGUAUGUUGUGUAAAAUUCAAUAGACUUAAUAUUAAUAAUAUUGUUGUGCUUAUUCAUUCUAUUCAUUUAUUUGUCUGUCAUAAUUAUUUGCUUACUGUAACAGGUCUGAAGUAAUAUAUCAAGCAUAAGACAGAGUGUUUCAUCACCAGAUGAAACAGUGAGAAGAGAGUUGAAAAUACGAUGCGCAGCGGAGUAUUUUUGACAAACUUUGAGGUGAUUAAUUUGGUGAUGAAACACUGUGUCGAAUGCUUGAUAUUACUUCUCAAACAAAAUGAUUUUAGGGGGAGAAAUUAAGGAUGCAAAAACUGACCAGUUUUUUAUCUCAUUUCCAAACACUCAUUAAACAUUAAUUUAUUUGUAUUUUCUUUAUAAUUAAUUAUCAAGUUUGAAAACUGUAUUACAAGAAUUGCAAUUCAUAUUGUGUAGUCCUUGUAUCGUAUUCUUUUGAACUUGAUGAGGGUCUCCCCAGCCUGAUCCAUGUUCUCAGUCACUCUGGAUGAGUAAAAUGGAAAGCAAACAUUUUUUUUUGCAAAAGCAAACAUGAGAAAGUCUGGGGAGAGGAUAAGGUGAGCUCUCCUGCCCUCUAUCCAACAGGCUUGGUCUUCUAAGGUCAGAUGAUUCAGUCAUUUGUUUUGUUUUUCUUUUUUGUUAAACGGUCAUUUGCCAUGGAUUGAAAACUACAUGUAAGUGAAGAAGGUUUUCCAUUGCCCGUGGAGUGGAUAUUACUGCACUUAACUUGUACGUGUAAAUGUAUUUUGGAUAUGCCCUAUUGAGUGGAAGCGUUGCUAUUAGCUGUUUAAAAUAGCUCCAGAAAGCUUCAGUUUUAAGAAAGUUUUCCAACUUUCUGAAUGUUAUCUUUGUGCCUAUCAAAGUUCCUAUCCUAUCCUAGUCUGGCCUAAAUUUUUAAACGCAUAUUACAAAUCAGAAAAAAAAUCUAUUUACCUUACUUUCUUCUUAGAACCAUGGUCGCAUGACAAGCCACAGACCAGAAGUGAUCCUCAAUAAUUUCAGCACGCGGCUUGGUCAUUCUGUUGCACGUUUGUUGGCAGCGCUCUUUCCUCACGAUCCGCAAUUUCAAGGCAGACAAUGUGUUACCUUCCACAACCAACGGGAUUUUAUUUUCUUUAGACGUCACAGGUGAGUCAGAUAACUACAAUCGUGGCCUCCCAGUUCCCAAAUAGAGACCUUGAGGUUCUUGGGCGAGGACAAAACUACUAGAAUGCAUGCGCUUGACGGGAAAACGUGAGAGCUGUAGUUAUUCUACAACGGAUUUUAGCGAAAAUGUCGUAAUGACGGAAACAAUAGAAGUUUCAUCAUUUUGCGGUCGUGAGGGGGCUUAGCCUCCUUCAAUAAAAAACUGUGUUUAUAAUCUUUUUUGGUGAAAAUUGAAAUGAAAGGAGCUGUGUCACGAAAUUCAAGCAAAUUAGGAAAUUACAAAGUGCCCGUUAAAUUAAGAGAAACAUAAAAAUAACCGCUUAAAACUUUAAAGGAAGGUUAAAAUAACAUAACAGAAAGAACAGAUACCACGGAUGGGCAAAACUGAAGAAGAUUGAAACGGAUUGAAAUUAGAGUUUUUGAAAACUGUUCAGCCUAACAGUUUUCAAAGUUGAUCCCUGCUCCUUGCAACUUCAAAAAUAAUGUAUAGGUUUCCAUGGUAUUUAACGCUGGUUAGCACUAACCAUGCUUCGAGCAACCCGGGCCAGGAGACAUAUCUGUUUGUCUCGGAUCUCUGAUUUUGUCAUUUACAUGUAAUUUCUUUGCUUACUUUAAGUUCCAUAGCGAUUGAGGGCGAGUAAUUGGCAAAAUUAAACAAAAUGAAGUGGACUGCCGUGAUACAGCCCCUUUUUUGCUUUCGGGAAGGUCCACUUUUUGUUAGAAUACAAGAAAAACCCCUGAGUCAACCCUCGUCCACGUCGUGGAAUCUAAAGGUCUCUAAUGUGGGUAUCCGGACAACUUGCUCCCCUGACCUUAGUCUAGCCUGCAAGCAAGCUCUCCUAUUUGGGCGAGUGAAACGAGUCUCGCGAGAACGCGCGAGCGAGCGGCGAAGCCGGGAGGGGCCCCUCGCUCGCGCGUUCUCGCGAGACUCGCUUCGCUUGCCCAAAUAGGACAAAUAGGAGAGCUUGCUCGAAGGCUAACCUUAGUCACCGUCUGACAACGUCGACGCUAAGAGUUUCUUUAAUGGCAGAUUUCUUUUCAUUUUUUUUACAUGUACGCCUCAGGUAUAUUUUUAAGAACCAGAAGAAGGCAGGACUUCAGGAACUCGGGCCGAGGUUCACGCUCAAACUCCGUUCAUUGCAACGAGGAACUUUCGACUCCAAGUUCGGCGAGUAUGAAUGGAUUCACAAGGUGCGUCAAAAAAUGAUAAAUCGUAGCAUAUAGUGCAGGUGUCCUCUUCCAUUCCAGCUUGUGCUAAUUUCAAUAUUUUUUUGCAUUUGCUUGAGUACUCAUGAUCUUAAAAUUAUUUUUUUUUGCAGAGAAAGGAGAUGGACACAAGCAGAAAAAAGUUUUUUCUUUGAAGUCGGUAGUCGGCAGCCGUAAAACGCGUGAUGUGUCGAGCUGCAGCUUCCAGCCAAUUAAUGUAACAGCGUUCUGUACAAUGACGACAGAGAACUAUUCUUCAAAGACACAUGUCGCUGUAUAAGUACUGUCAUCACUGGCUUGGAACGCGUAUGUGUGGACUCUCGAUCUUUAUUGUGAGCCCACGAAAAUGGAGAGAAUGUAAAAUGGACAAUUUCUUGCUGGAAAUUUGUAAAUAGUGAUGUUCCAUACGAAAUUUGGUGAUUAAGUACUUUAUUUGCAAAAAAAUUCGUUGCCAUGUUUGCCCUCUUAAAUUUAGUGGCAAUAAAAGUGUUGCUGACGUCAUAAGCUCCGUGCUGCGUCAGUAACCUGCUGCGUAAUCAGAUUGUCAACGAGACCGACUAACGAAACCAUCGGGUAUGGAAGCAAGUUCUAAAUUGUGGUCUAUGAACAAAAUGCAAACCUAAAGAAACUGAAAUUGAAGGUACUGAACUACUCUUGUUUGUUUUGUCUAUUUUUAAUUUUGUUUUUAAUCUUGGCUAACCUCAGUUGCUAACCUCGUGUAAUUAAUGAAUUAAUUACACGCUCUUCCAAGC